AUGGCAAUACGUAUUUUAGUCGGUGUCAAACGAGCUAUUGAUUAUGCUGUUAAAGUACAGGUUAAAACAGAUAAAACUGGAGUUGUCACUGAAGGUGUUAAACACUCAAUGAAUCCAUUUGAUGAAAUUGCUGUUGAAGAAGCCAUUCGAUUAAAAGAAAAAAAAGUUGCACAAGAGAUUAUUGCUGUCUCAUGUGGACCGACUCAAUGUCAAGAAACACUUCGAACUGCUUUAGCAUUAGGUGCUGAUAGAGCCAUACAUGUUGAAAUUAAUGGCAAAGAUUAUGAAACACUUCAACCAUUAGCUAUUUCAAAAUUAAUUGCUGCUGUUGCUAAAAAAGAGAGCAUAGAUUUAGUUCUUCUAGGAAAACAAGCGAUUGAUGAUGAUUCCAACCAAACAGGUCAAAUGGUUGCUGGUCUUCUUUCUUGGCCUCAAGCAGUAUUCGCCUCAAAAGUUGAUAUCAAAGAUAAACAAGCUGAAGUCAUGCGUGAAAUAGAUGGUGGUUCAGAAACAAUUCGCGUUAAAUUGCCAGCUGUGAUCACUGCUGAUCUUCGUCUUAAUCAGCCACGUUUUGCAAAUCUUCCAUCAAUACAAAAAGCCAAAAAGAAACCAAUGGCAAAAAUGACACCGAACGAUUUAGGUGUAGACAUAAAACCUCAUCAAGAAUAUUUAUCGUAUGAAGAGCCACCUAAACGGCAAGGUGGUGGCCGAGUAUCCAGCGUUGAUGAACUUAUUAGUAAACUCAAAGAGAAAGGACUUGUUUAG